UUUAGUAAGCCAAGGGAGAGGGAUAUAACAAUUUCAAUAACUAGAAUGUAAAGUUCAGAGAGAGCAAUUGCAGCAUAUUGAACCUAAAACAAACUCUCUACCAUAAUCUUAUGUUAUAGUUGAAAUGCAACAGUGUGUCAAGGAUUGUCACUAUGCAAUUGUUUGAAAAUUCCACUUUUUUUCUUUUUGUUGAAAUGUAGACUCUACCGAACAGUUCUACUUUAAGAGGACCCCAUGUCUUUUCUUCGCUGGGUGUCAGACAGGAUCCUGGUUGAUGGAUUGAGAGAGUUAGAAUUCUUUGGAGCUCAGCGGAUCCUCCUCUCCCUUCCUCCAGACCCGCAUUUGGGGGACUCUCGAAAGAAAACUGAUGAAGCUGCUAGUUCCGAAUCCGUAGCGUCUUGUCGCAGUCCGGACAGUAUGGGGAUCUAUGCUCCAGACAGCGAUUGUUAUGAAGUUCUCACUGUCAUAGGGAAAGGUUUUGAGGAGCUGAUGACGGUGAAUUUAGCACGUUACAAACCUUCUGGAGAGUAUGUUUGUAUCAGGAGGGUGAAUAUGGAGUCCUGCACCAAUGACAUGGUAUCUUUCCUACAGACUGAACUUCAUGUGUCCAAGUUGUUCAACCAUCCCAAUAUCCUUCCCUACAGAGCUACCUUCAUAGCAGAUAAUGAGCUUUGGGUCGUGACCCCCUUUAUGGCAUAUGGUUCAGCCAAAGAUCUAAUUUCUACACAUUUCACUGAUGGAAUGAAUGAGCUGGCCAUCGCUUACAUCCUUUUGGGGGUCCUGAAAGCGUUGAACUACAUUCAUCAUAUGGGAUAUGUGCACAGGAGUGUGAAGGCAAGUCACAUUCUGAUUUCAGUGGAUGGGAAGGUUUAUCUUUCUGGCCUACGGAGUAUCCUCAGUAUGAUAAAUCAUGGACAGCGUGUUAAAGUGGUUCAUGACUUCCCCAAGCACAGUGCCCGAGUGCUCCCCUGGCUUAGCCCUGAGGUCUUACAGCAGAACCUUCAGGGAUAUGACGCCAAAUCUGAUAUAUACAGUGUGGGGAUCACAGCAUGUGAGCUUGCCAAUGGCCAUGUGCCAUUUAAAGACAUGCCAGCCACACAGAUGCUCCUGGAGAAGUUGAACGGUACAGUUCCUUGUUUGCUUGACACUGCUACCAUUCCUGCAUCCGAACUAACUAUGAAAACCUCACGCUCAGGAGCCGACUCUGGCAUAGGAGAGGGGACCUCCUGUCGUCCAUCUAAUGGGGAGCCGUCAAUGCACCCUUAUAACCGAAGCUUCUCCUCUCACUUUCAUAACUUGGUAGAGCAAUGUCUGCAGAGGAACCCUGAUCUCAGGCCAAACGCUGGCACCCUCCUCAAUCAUUCCUUCUUCAAACAGAUAAGGCGCAGGGCAUGUGAAGCCCUCCCGGAGCUCCUGCGGCCUGUUUCACCAAUCACCAACUUCGAGGGAGCACAAUGUUCGGAUCCCAGGGCAUGGCAGGAGUGGUAUCCAGCUUGGAGCAGCUUGAUGUGGAGGACUGGGACUUUUAAGGGAUCGAGGGCCAUUGAAAGCCUGUUCAUGUUUACACUGCACAGACCCCAGGGGUUUGCACUUCGGAUUGGAGUGGGUGGAGGGGUGCAUGAAAUGAAACUUUUCAACACCACAAGUCUUAGAAAUCAUUGCACCGUGCCUAGCGAUGGGGUUAACCGUUGAUGUGGCAGCACUUGACUAUAUUUUGUAAAGUGUCCCCCCCUCUUAACCUCACACUUUUCAUCUCCUAUAUGUUCAAAGUGGACCGGUUACCAAAAAUCACUUUAUAUUAAGUGUAUAAAGACUGUCUGACAAGGUUUUUUCACUCAACUGAGAAUCCAAAGUAAAUGUUAACUUUAAAGCCAAAAUAUCCGAACUGGAGAGAUUCCAAGUCAGCUAUGCAUCCAGUUCGGCUACUUUGGCCUUAAAUUUACAAUUCACUUUGAAUUGUUACUUUAAUUGUUAAUCCUGUGAGUGUUGUAUUUUUUUUAUCAGCGGUUUAAGUUACUUUACUCAUAAAUUUCAGACUUUUAUAAAAAAAAAAAAAAAAACUUUUUUCCCACCACUCUCCUUCAGGACCGAUCUAAUUCACCGCUCACAAAACAAAAGUGAUGACCAAUCAGUCGGAAUCAAUGACAGAUUUCAGACAGUAAAAGGCAGGUAGCUUGCGUUUCACAUUAACCCGCUCUGACUGCUGAAUCAUUUGUUUUUCCCCCAGCAUCGACAUGUCAAGUUUUGGUUAAUGUUAUUUUAUUUCCUUUUAGCACUUAAUGAGUUUCCACUGUUCUUUAGCGGUUAGGCCUGUUUAACCAAUGGGGUUUCUAGCCUUCAUUCCAGCAUUAAAAUCAGGUCAACGUUUAUGACGGUCAUUUUUGCACACUUUCUCAAUGUCUUGUUUUCAUUGUGCUGUAGUCAAGAUCUGUCUUAACUCUUUCAGGACUGGGCAUAUCUCACAUCCAACUUAAAGGGAUUUUUUUUUUCUUUAUCUUUCUACUUACCUAUUUAUUAUCUCUUAUUUACUUGCUACUCUUGUCAUUAGACAUUAAUAUGAGGCUCUUGAGACUUAUUAACAUCAAUCAUUUCUGCUUCCGUGCCCAUAGUAAUUGGAUGCAUUUUCGUAAUAAGAGUUGCCAUUUUUCUUAUUCGUAACUUUUUAUAAAAAAUCAAAAAAAUAAUCUUUUUACUGUACAUUAAAAUAGGCAGUGUGGCAACACUAAAGUAAGCUAAGAUCAAUAUACAAUCCAGUUACAACACUGUUUUUGUCUCUGGAAUUUUUUGCUUUUCUGGAUUGGAGAUUUCUCUUUUCUCAUGAGACAAAAAUUACAGAGUAGUUGGAACCAAAGAGGAAAAGGAUGGAUCCAGUCCAUCCGAGAAUGCAUCAAAUCCCCUCAUACCUAGGGAAGGAUGGCUUGCCUAGGAGAAACCCAAUAUACACCCAACUCUCCAGGUCUAGUAUGUUAAUCCAUGCAUUCACUCUUCAUACAUUAGUAUGUCUUGAAAUAGGUGUGUUCAUACUUCCAAAUGGGGAUGUUUGAAGUGUCCUUUUAUGGCAUUUGGUAUGAUAAAUUAUUCGUAGGUCCUGCUUUUUUCCCAUUGGUAAUGUUUAACACAAUGGAAUCAGAGAGAUUACGAUAUAUAAACAAGACGCUGUUACACACUUCCUGUUGCCAAAAUAAAUAAACUUUAGAUGUUUCACCUA